UAUAUGCUUCAAGCGAGCAUCUCCUCCUCACAUCGCUCCAUUCAACAUGGAACUCAAGAUCCUCACAUUCAACUUCUGGGGUUUGGCCUUCAUCUCCAAAGACCGGGCGCCGCGCCUGGCCGCCCUCGGAGCCACCCUGGCACGCGGGGAAUACGACAUCGUCUGCCUCCAAGAGCUGUGGAUCCACGCCGAGUAUGAGAGCCUCCGCCACGAUAUCCAGGCCGCGUACCCGUACUCGCGCUUCUUUCACACGGGCGCUUUGGGCUCUGGACUUGCGAUCUUCUCGCAGCAUCCGAUCACAGAGUCGCAUGCGCUGCCGUAUUCGCUUUCCGGUGUGCCGCACCAGGUGAUACAGGGUGAUUUCUACGUUAACAAGGCCGCGGCGCGCGUGACGGUGCGACAUGCGCGGCUUGGCGAGAUCGAAGUGUGGAACACCCACAUGCACGCCGCCGGCGAGGAUGGGCCGGAUACGGCGCAGGCCCACCGCAUGGCACAGGCAUGGCAGCUAGCGACAGAAGUACGGCGGGGCGCUAGAGGAGGGCGAUACGUUUUCGCGAUGGGCGACUUCAACUCGCAGCCCUGGUCGAUCCCCAUCGCCCUGCUGCGCGGAUAUGGCGGACUGCGCGACAGCUUCGUUGAGGCGCACCCGCAGGCGAACGAUCCGCUACCGAAUAUCUCGGCGACACAGGCACUCGAGAACGUCGGCAUGACCUGCGACUCGCCGCUCAACACUUGGAGCCAGGGCAAGCCAAUUCCGCCAAACGUGACCUCUGCAGGCGGCAAGCGGCUUGACUACAUCUUCUAUACGCCGCCGCUUAUCCAAGGCCACGCGCAGCGAGGCCUGCGAUGCUCUGCAUCCAAAGUGGUUUUGACGGAACACAUCCCCGGGCGGGAAAUGAGCUACUCGGACCACUUUGGGCUGGCGUCGACAUUCAUGCUCUCCGACGAGCCAAAUCCCAGACCAGCCUCGCAAGCGCCCCUUCUCCUCGACUCGGCGAGCGAAAGCUCAUUCGUGGCCCCUACAGCGGGCGGGAGUGUGUACGAGCUGCAGCGCGCGGACAGCGGGAGCGAUGGCGCGAUCCGUGCCGCGAUCACGGCACUCCAUGCGUACGGCCAGCUCGCAAGGGCACGCACGCUACGCUUUAGUGCCCUCGUGCUCACAUGCAUCGUGGCGGCCGUAGGGCUAACGGUUGGCAGCGCUUGGCAGCCCAAGGCGUGGAUACAGCCGAUUUUUACGCUUCUCGCAUUCGCACUUGGCGCAUUUGGAGCUACGAUGCUGUAUGCUGGCUGGUUGUGGGGGCGCUGGGAGAAGGGGCUGCUCGACGAGGUCACGAGUGAGAUGGAGGAGGCACUACGUGCUAACGAGGAGGCGCGGUAGACACAUAAUGCGGUAUGUAUAGUAACAGUCCGACUUAGUGAGUGACUGAGAAUGGCGC